AUGCAAGGGUGGUGCACGCUGUGGUUGGCGUUUGGCUGGUGUGGCCUUGUGACGCUGGUCGCCGGACAGGAACGGAGCUUUUACGCGAAUUUAAUCACGUUCACCAUCCACAACAGCGAGCAGAACGUGACCACGAGCGUGGUGUCGGAAUUUAAGGAUUUCGGAGCCCUCGGAUGCAAUCCAUCGGAUCCGUUCGCCGUGAUCGUGCACGGCUGGAAAGAAAGCUGCCAGACGGAGUGGCUCCUGGACAUGGUCUCGAACCUGUCCCUCGUGCGGGGCGGGUGCGUCUACUGCAUGGACUACAACAACUUUUCGCGCCACGACGACUACUUCGGCAUGGUGCGUCAAUUUCUGCCCAUCGGGAUGGUGUUGGUCGAGAAGCUGCACCAGCUGGAAGACUUUGGGUACGACUUCGAUCGGGGCCACAUGUUCGGCUUCAGCUUCGGAGCGCGCCUUUCACUGGAAUCGCUGCGCAAGUUUGGACCCGGCAAGAUGGGCUCGCUGGACGUUUGUGAACCGGCCGGCCCCGGGUUUGACGGUGAUCCGGUCCAUCUCGAGAAGGAUCCCCAGGAGGCGGCCAAGACGGUGCAGUGUAUCCACACGAGUGAUAACUACGGCACGUCCCAGCGCAAUUGUCACCAGAACUGGAACCUGGGCCGGUGCGGUCGGUGGCAGGAUGCGGCCGGCCCGUACCCGAAGGGAUCGCACGGCCUCUGCCCGUACAUGUACAACAGUGCGUUCCGGCACGACUUCCUGGCCAUGCCCAACCGUUACAACUGCCCCACCAUCCGGCUCGCCCCGUCCUGGCCGAAGGGCUUCCGGAUGGGCUACUUUAUGGAUCGUAAAAGCGACGUUAACGGGGAUCUUUUUGCUGCCACUUCGCGGGAGUAUCCGUACUUCGACAAUACCUUCGCUAACGAAGUCAACGAGGUUUAA